AUGGGCAACAUUUCUAGUAGCAAUCCAAAGUACACUUCAGCAAGCAACAGUCCAAACAAUAGUACAAACGAAAACGACAGUACAAACGAUGGUCCAAGCGACAGUUCAAACGAAAGUUCGAGUGAUAGUACAACUAGCAGCAGUUCAAGAGAUAUUAUUUUGUAUAAUGAAAUCAAAAAUAAAUUAAAAGAUGAGGAACUUUGUAAGUCACUUGAGGAGAGGGAACUCAAUGAAUUGAUACUUAAUCUUGGGGAUGAAACAAGAUUUCUAAAUCAAUAUCUCCAGCUUGGUGAUAAUCAUUUGAACCAAAUCACUAACGAUCUGCGAACAUUAGUUCAAAAUAAUAAUUUUUCCAUUAUUUCCUUAGGCGAGUACUAUGUGAGGAACCUGCUAAGGAAACACAGAAGGAAAUCCGACAAAUUCAACAUUUAUUUGUUUAUUAGCAAGCUUCGAGAUGAUCGUUCUGACAGUCCAUUUCUUCGAUUUUUUGCAAAAUCUCUGCUUAGAAAUAAAUACGGAAUGUUCCACGUUGGAUUGGAAAUAGAUGGAAUUAUUCUAGAAUGGGGCACUGGUGAUGCUGGUCCUCAUCUUAUUUAUCCAAGGGUCAAUACAAAACGAUUAUGUGAGAAGCUUGCACACAUACGCGUCAAUUACGGUCAAGAAUUUAACCUUAUAACUACUUUCUCGGAGACUUGGUAUCACAAACUAUAUAAUUACAUCUUAAACAAAAUGAGAAAGUUUCUAUCUUUUGUUCCGAAAAUUGGCUCUAUUUCUUCUGAUAAAUUACAAAUCAUUGCCCGAAAAUGCGUUUAUUGGAAUAAGAAUUUUAAUUACAAUCCAUUAAGACGUAAUUGUCAACAUUUUAUUGAAGAAAUACUCGAAGCACUUGGUCUAACAUUCAAUCCUGAAGGCGAGUUCAAAAAGUUCCUGGAUAGAAUUGUUAAUUAUGCGGAUGAUAGUUUCUUAUUCCAAGAGGAAGAGUUUCUUUCGAGACAAGAUCUCGAUCAAUUUGCUGAUAAGAAUUGGGAUAAGAUCUCAAAUGUUUGGGACAAAAGAUUACUUCUAUGUUAUUCGGAUAUGAUGAAUAAUAUGUAUGAGUAUAAACAUGACAAAAAAUGGGAAAAAUGGGGUCCUAUGAAUAGCAAAGAAAAAUGGGUAGAAAGAGAAAACGAACUAAGGACGGAUUAA